AUGGCCACACAAGAAUGUUUGGAUGAAUUCAUUCAAAAAGGAAAUCAAUUAGUAUUUGAGAACAAGUAUGAGGAAGCCAUUGAAAUGUUUACUCGUGCCAUUGAUUUGGAUCUGGAUAAUCCUUUCAUUUAUGAUAUGAGAGCUUCGGUUUAUAUAUUAAUGGAUGAGUAUGAAAAAGCUGUUAGAGAUUCGGAACAAGCCAUCGAAUUAAAACCUUCAUGGCCACAACCCUAUUUCCGAAAAGGCCUUGCUCUCUCACUUUACGGAGAUUUAGAAGAAGCCAUUGCAAUUUUGAAUGCUGGAUUGGAAAUUGCUCCCACUCAUGCUUCCAUGAACAAGUUGAGGCAUGAUUUAAUUGAAAUUAUGAAAAAACAUGAAGAUGAACAUGAUCAUCAUCCUCAUGAACCACAAAUGUCUGCAUUUUCUCUUGGUGUUGAAGAUUUGGAACCAUUCAGUGAAGAAGAAAAAUUACCGGUAACAAUUUUAUGUGGAUUUUUAGGAGCAGGCAAGACAACUUUAUUGAACUACAUUUUGAAAAAUAAGCAAGGACUUAAAGUAGCGGUCAUUGUGAAUGAUAUGAGCGAAGUGAAUAUUGAUGUCGAAUUGGUCAAACAAACGAGUACACUUUCUAGAACGGAGGAGAAAAUGGUUGAAAUGACUAAUGGAUGUAUUUGUUGCACACUACGAGAAGAUUUAUUACAAGAGGUGGCAAAACUUGCCAAACAGAAAAAGUUUGACUAUCUACUUAUAGAAUCAACUGGUAUUGCAGAGCUGCUUCCAAUUGCUCAAACUUUCUUUUUCCAAGACAAUUAUGGAAAAAUGCUUUCACACUACACAAAAUUAGAUACACUCGUCACACUGGUGGAUUGCUUUAAUUUCAUGAAAGAUUAUUCUAGUGAUGACACUCUCAGCUCUAGACAUAUGGGUAUUAACGAGAGUGAUAAUAGAAAUGUCGUUGAUUUGCUAUUGGAUCAAAUUGAUUUUGCGAAUGUAAUUAUUCUCAACAAGACUGAUUUAAUUAGUGAAGAAAAACUCCACAAAUUGGAAGCCAUUAUUCGAAAGCUAAAUCCCGACGCCACAAUUUUGAAAAGUCAAUACUCUCAAAUCGAUUUAAAAUCCAUAUUGAAUACUGGACUUUUCAAUUAUGAAAAGGCACUCAAAUCACCAGGAUGGGUCAAGGAAUUACAAAAAGAACACACUCCAGAAACUGAAGAAUAUGGAAUUAGUUCUUUUGUUUAUCGAAGACGAAGACCAUUCAUGCCAACGAGACUCUAUGACAGUAUUCAAAAUGAAAAAUUGAGAGGAAUCAUUCGCUCGAAAGGUUUUUUUUGGCUUGCCAGUGACAAUUCCACACUUUAUGAAUGGUCUACUGCGGGUCCUACUUUUUCGUUUGCUCCAAAAUCAGUGUGGUUUGCUUCUCUUUCGGACGAACAACAGCAUGAGCGAUUUUCACAGGAACAAAUUGAGCACAUUAUGAAGGAAACUAAAUUUGAGGGAGAAUAUGGAGAUCGAAGACAAGAAAUUGUAUUCAUUGGAAAUAAUAUGAAUAAGGAGGAAUUGAUACAAACGUUGGAUUCAUGUUUGCUCACGGAUGAAGAGAUGUCUAGUGGAAAUAUGCAAGAUUGGGAAGAGAAUUACGAGAAUCCUUUUAGAGCGUUCAUUCAAGAGCAACAACAUCAGAAGAAGCACAGUGAUUCUUAUUAA